CUCCUGACGCAGGUUAAGAACCAUAAACAGGGUUGCGUUGCACACAGCAAGCGUCGGGGCCCCAACAGGCAGAGCUGUCGACCAUCAUUUCGCGGUUCGCCCCCGCCUUACUGCGACGGAGCAUGCGGGCAGUGGCUCGCACAGCGCACAUGAAGGCACAGCGCUGCUCGGCACCUCGCCAUCAUCAACGGCCGCUGUCUUCACAGGCGGGUCGACGCACACAGCCGGCAGUCGUGUUCUGCACCGCAGCCGGCGACGCCCCACCACCCCCCGCUGCCUCGCCUUCGCCCCUCGCUCCUCCAGCGACAGCGACAGGAGCCGCCGUCAGCGCACCGCUGGCGUCAGGAGCGGCGCGGCAAGGGGGGCCGCUGCCCGCGGCAGCAGCCUCCGCCUCAACAUCGGCAGCAGCAGCAGCACUACCACCACCACCACCACCUCCCGUUCCGCCACAAGGGGCAACAACAACAGGAGCAGCAACAGAAGCAGCAGCAGCAGCAGCAGCAGCGUCAGGGGCGUCAGGGGGAAUGGGGCCGGCCCUCACCCCCAACUCGGAACUGGUGGCGAGGCGGCGACAGCGGGUGGCCGCGGAGAUCAUUGAGGCCAGCCGGCGCGCGGGUGUGGCCGCCAGCCCGGAAGCCAUACGCGACGGCCUGGCCACGCUUGAGGCGCUGCUGCCCGGCUUCACGCCCAACCUGGACACACUCAAGGCCGCGGACUGGGGCCGCCUGGCUGCCGACGCUCCCGCAGUGGCCAACAAGAUCAUCCUGCUCAAGACACACCAUCCAGGACUGAACCUGGCCAAGGCGCUGACGGCACAGCCGCGGCUGCUGCUGCAGAGCCCCGAGCAGCUAGACCGCUCGGCCAGGAUGGUGCGGCAGCUGCUGUCUCGCGCUAAGGACCCGGACCGCUUGCUCGGCGCCGAGCCGUCCCUGCUGGAGCCCAAGGCGCUCAUCAGUGUGCUCAUCACCGUGACCAAGUGGUACUUCCUGGAGAAGGACCCCAUCGAGGUGCUGGAGGCGGACCCAGAGCUGGUGCAGCGCGCGCAGGACUACGACGUGCCCUUCGAGCCGGUGUACAUGAACGAGGACGGCACAUGGACCGCGCCGCUGCUCAACUACAAGGAGAAGCGCACAGCCUGGCAGAAGUACAUCGACCAGACCUUCUACAAGCAGCCCUGAGGCCUGAGGGAAGGGCUGCUGGGGGCGUGUGAGGGGCAGAGGUGGAGGGUGGAGUCGGGGCGGCGGCGCCCGGGGUUGGCCAGGGUUUGGCAGCCAAGCAGCGAAGCAGCGAUCAGGUAACUGGCAGGUUAAUACGGUAGCAAGGAUGGAGGAUAAGGUGACUGGCUGACUGACUUGAUGGUAAACGUUUUGCUGCGUGAUACACGCCCUCAUACGCCCUCAUACGGCAUAAGCGUGAUUGAUGGUCAAGGAUUUGCUGCAUGAUGCGCGCCCACAUACGCCGUGGGCGUGCAUUGGGCGAAAUCUGUUUGAGAAGCAUGGCGUGUCCGCGGCCUCGGUCUCUUCAGCAUGUAUGCCCGAAUUGUACAUUAUGUGGAAGGCAACAUACACAGGGUGGGGGCCUGUGGCGGCAUGCUGCUGUGCACAGCACGGUGCCAGACCGCGCUUUUGGACAGUUUCGAAGCAUUUCAUGCAGACACCCUUGAUUGCUUCAUUUUGUUUUAUCACCAUGUGAUCGAAGCCGACUGAUGAAGUUGAUGUUGACAAUUACAAUCACCGUCGGACACGCAUUUCUAAGGCCUGCGCAUAUGAGCACGGUCCAGCCACCACGACGAUGUGGCUAGCUAGCUCUCAUCCGGCGCACAGACAUAUGUACGUGUUGCAUUCGUGACGGCUCCAAGGAACUGUGCUUGACGUCUGUAACCACCUGCACCC